AUGGGUUGUUUGAUUUCUCCUGUAAUGAAACUCCGUCGUCUCUCCUCAGCCGAUUCACGGCGGCUUGCGUACCGGAAUCUGAACGAGGACAUGGAAGAUUCGGUCAUAAGGGUGUUGGUAGGGAAGGAGAGGAAAGAGUUCAUGGUUGAACCGUACGUACUCGAAGAGAAGCCAUUUAGAGUCUUGAUAGGUUCGGUGAGGGAUCAUACCAAGAAGCGGUUGAACCGAACCGGUAGCGUGGUGUGGCUUGAUCAUGUCGACUCGAUCUUGUUUGAACACUUGUUGUGGCUUCUUCGAAACGAUGUCUCUGCAUUUUCGGAUAUGGAUGUCGUCGAGAUCAUUGAAUUCUAUGCUCAAGAUUGCUAG